AUGGGCUCGCUGCUAUCGAGGCUGCUCGCCAGCCGUCCGAUGGCCAACGCCGGCCCGACGAUGGUGGUGAAGGACCUCGUUCUGAUUGGCGGAGGUCACAGCCACGUGGUGGUGCUCAAGAGCUUCGCCAUGAAGCCGAUGCCAGGUGUCAGGCUCACAUUGGUCACGAGGGACGUACAUACUCCCUACAGCGGCAUGCUGCCAGGCCUCGUUGCCGGUCACUACACGUACGACGAUUGUCACAUUGACUUGAGGCCCUUGGCGCAACUCACCAACGCUCGCCUGCUGCACUGCUGCGCCUCUGGCCUGGACUUGGAGCAGCGUGCUGUGGUGCUGGCGGAUGGGCGCCCUCCCAUUCGCUACGAUGUGCUGUCCAUUGACAUUGGGAUCACACCUCUGCAAUCAGUGCCACGCGCAAAGGACCUCACCCUCCCUGUGAAGCCCAUCGACUCCUUCACUCACCGCUGGGAGGCCCUCCGGUCGCGCAUCCUCUCCCUCGCCCCUGGCUCCAGUGUGCGAGUGGUGGUGGUGGGAGGGGGAGCCGGGGGAGUGGAACUAAUUUUGGCCAUGCAGCAUCGACUGCAGCAGGACUGCCUGAAAAGCCAGGUGUACGCCUCUUUUGUGCUCAUAACGAGGGGGGAGCUCCUGCCCACCCACAACGCACGCGUGCGAUCGAUUCUCCGACGGAUCUUGAAGGAGAGAAGUGUGAAGGUGCUCGAUGCUGCAGUGGUGGCAGUGAGACCACGACAAGGAGGAGUGGAGAACGGUGCUGAGAGAGGAAAUGGGGGAAGAGGGCCAGAAGCUCAAGGGUCGGCAGUGCAAGGAGGGGUGCUUGUUCUGGACGGGGGAGAGGAGGUGGAAUUCGACGAGUGUGUGUGGUGCACACAGGGCGGAGCAGCUUCCUGGCUCUCUGAAACAGGCUUGGCUCUGGACAGCAGCGGUUUCAUCCGAGUGGGGGAGACACUAGAAUCCAUGAGCCAUAAAGGGGUGUUUGCAGCGGGGGAUAUCCACUCGUCCGACGUUUACCCGCGGCCCAAGGCAGGCGUGUUUGCAGUGCGGCAGGGCAUGCCCUUAGCUGACAACUUGAGGAGAGCGCUUCUGGAUCAGCCGUUGAAGCCAUUUCGGCCUCAAAAAACCUUUCUCAGCCUAAUCAGCACGGGUGGCAAGUACGCGGUUUUCUCUCGGGGCUCUUUGGCUUUUGAAGAUAGUCUCGUGUGGACCCUCAAGGACCGCAUUGAUCGGGCCUUCAUGUGGCAGUUCAGCCAACUCCCCACCAUGCCAUCGCCCCCUCUCCCCGCUAUCCCCGUUGCACACACGGCCGGACCUGAAGCGCUCCUGGCACUCAAGAGCAUGCCCAUGCGGUGUGGAGGGUGUGGUUCCAAGGUCGGCUCGUCUCUUCUCUCCCGCGUCCUCAUGCGUCUCGCCGCCCUCCCCAGCCGCCCACCUGGCCGCCCGGAGAUCCUUCUGGGUCUCGACUCACCUGACGAUGCUGCUGUGCUGGCGAUACCACCUGAUAGAACGGGCGGCAGACAGAGCCCAGUCGUGGUCCAGACGGUCGACUUCUUCCGCUCCUUCCUCUCCGAUCCGCACACAUUCGGUCGUAUCGCUGCCCUCCACGCUUUGAGUGACUGCUUCGCCAUGGGUGCUGACCCCGUCUCAGCGCUCGCUAUAGUCACACUGCCCUACGGAACAGAGGAGAAGAUGGAGGAGGAGCUUUUCCAGCUCAUGGCAGGGGCCAUCCGCGAAUUGGAUGCUGCCACGUGUCAGCUGGUGGGAGGGCACACCGUGGAGGGCGCUGAGCUGUCGCUGGGGUUCGCUGUCACGGGAUUGGCUGACAGAGACCGGCUGCUGAGAAAGGCGGGCAUGAGUGGGGGAGAUGCCAUCAUCCUCACCAAGCCCAUCGGCACGGGAGUCAUCUUUGCCGCCAACAUGCGAUGCAAGGCCAAGGGGCGGUGGGUGGAUGGGGCGAUCGAUAGCAUGCUGGUAUCCAAUCAGAAAGCAGCAGCCAUUGCAUUGCAACACGGCGCCUCUGCUGCGACUGACGUCACAGGGUUUGGCUUACUUGGCCAUCUGGUGGAAAUGACAACAGCAUCUCGAGUUACAGUCACCAUCACUCCCUCUACAGUUCCGAUUCUGGACGGUGCACUGGAGUGUGUGGAGGAGGGCAUUUUCAGCUCGCUGCAGGAUUCGAACCUGCGCCUGCGACGAGCAAUCACAAACUACGAAGAGGCAUCCACCCAUCCGCUCACUCCUCUCCUCUUUGACCCGCAAACAGCCGGGGGGCUGCUUCUUUCCGUCCCCCAAGCCACGGCUACUCAGUGCUUGCUUGCUCUGCACAGGGAGGGGUACCCUGCUGCUGCUGUGAUCGCUACAAACCCUUUCCUACGCGUGGCUCAACUAGCCAUCACUAGCAUACUCUCGCCGCGACCUACGCCGUCGCCGCCGCCCCCCCCCCCCUCCCGCCGCGAUUACGCCUUCCUCGCCUGCGGAUACCACCGCCGCGAGCGCAACGCCGCUCGCCGCCUGCGCAUCCUGCCGCCGCGACGCCUCGUCGCCGCCUGCCCGUCCCUCGGCCGCGACGUCACGUCGCCGCCUCCCCUUCCCGCCGCCGCGCCUGCUUCGGCGCCGUCUGCCCGUCCCGCCGCCGCGACAGCUCGUCGCCCCCUGCCCGUCCCGCCGCCGCGACCUAACAUCGCCGCCUGCGCAUUCCGCCACCGCGACAGCUCGUCGCCCCCCUGCCCAUCCCGCCGCCGCGACCUAACAUCGCCGCCUGCGCAUUCCGCCGCCGCGACUGCUCGUCGUCACCUUCCCGCGCCCCCCCCCCCCCCCCCCCCCCCCCCCCCCCCGCCGCGAUUUCGCAUUUCCGCCUCCCCUCCCACCGCCACACCUGCUUCUGCGUCACCCACGCAUUUCGCUGCCCCUUCUGCAUCGCCACCCGCCCGCAAUUUCCCCCGCCGCAACUGCAACAUCGUCGCCCCGCGGUUCCCGUUAACGCGACUGCGCCGCCACUGCUUCGGCGCCGCCUGCCCAUCCUCCACCGCGACCGCGCCAUCCCCGCCCACACUUCCUGCCGCCGUGACUGCCCCGUCGCCGCCUGCAGAUUCAGCCGCAACUGCACCCUCCCUUCCUCCUCUCCCUACUCCUCUCCCCCCCCCCCUCCCCCUCCCCCUGCGCCCCUCGUUGCCGCGGCCUGCCUGCCGCCGCCGUCCCUCGUUUCGCCGCCGCAGCCAUUUCCCUGCCGCCUUCACCUUUCCGCCGCCGCAACCUGCUUGCAGCCGCCGCUCUCAACAUCGCCGCCGCGGCCCUUCCGCUGUCGCCUGCGCCCUUCGUCGUCGCGGCCUGCUUGCCGCCUCCGCCCCCGACUUUGCCACCGCCUCCCCUUCCCGCCGCCGCACGUUCGCACAGCCGCCUGCGCCCUUGUCACCGUCGCUCCCUGCACCUUGA